AGCAACAUAAAUACACAAUGGAUGCAGUAGGAUGAAAUGAUAGUUGAUAAGCAAAAAUGGGAAUUGUUGAGAAAGCACACAAUGUCAAGGUUUUGGGGUCAGGAGAGCAAGUUGUAGUCCUAUCUCAUGGCUUUGGCACUGAUCAAUCUGUGUGGAAGUACCUGGUGCCAUACCUGAUUGAAGACUAUCGUGUUAUUUUGUACGAUAAUAUGGGUGCUGGUUCCACUAAUCCAGACUAUUAUGACUUCGAAAGAUACUCGACCAUUGAUGGGUUUGUUUAUGAUUUGCUUGCUAUAUUAGAGGAAUUACAGGUGAAGUCUUGUGUUUUUGUUGGUCACUCAGUUUUGAGUAUGGUUGGUGCCAUUGCCUCGAUUACUCGCCCUGAUCUCUUCUCUAAACUCGUCUUGAUCUGUGCCACUCCAAGGCUAUUGAAUGAUAAAGACUACAUUGGAGGAUUCGACCAAGAAGACAUUGACCAAAUGUUAGAAGGAAUCCAUUCCAAUUACAAAGCGUGGUGCUCAGGUUUCGCACCGACUGUAAUAGGUGACGACAUGGAGUCGGCGCCUGUGCAAGAAUUCUCCCGAACCCUAUUCAAUAUGCGACCUGAUAUAGCCUUAAGUUUAGCCCAGGUGAAAUUCCAGUGUGACAUUAGACAUAUUUUACAUAUGGUGAAAGUCCCAUGCCACAUACUGCAGAGCGCUACGGACAAUGUGUUGCCAGUGCAGGUGGCUGAAUAUCUGCAUCAACAUCUUGGAGGGCCAUCCAUUGUCGAGAUUAUGCCUACGGGUGGUCAUUUGCCGCAUCUAAGCUCUCCAAAUAUCAUCAUCCCAGUUCUUCUCAGGCACAUUCGCCUUGAUAUAACCAAAUGAUCUAUAUCUAUAUCUAUAUAUAUAAUGUGUGUUUUGUUUUCAUUACAGUAGUCUGCAUUCAA